AAAAUGGACAAAUUCCAGACCACUCAAACAUUCUAAACUCAACAGAAACGAGAAACACAUGGAAAGGGCAAUGAAAAAUUCUUUCUUUUCUCUCUUUUAAUUCUUUCAAAACUUUUCGUUUCUCUCCUAUCCACCAGCUGGUGAACAGUUAACAUGGAAACCAUUCUCUCUUCUCACUCUCUUUCUCCAAUCUUGAAUCCAAAAGCAUCCACCUCUAAGAACCUUUUGUCACCUUCACUUCAACCAAGACCAGCUUCUCUCUUUCUCUCAAAACCCUUUACUUGUAGCCGCAAAAAACACACUUCCCAAUCACUAAGACCAUCUUUGACAGAACCAAAAAAUUGGUUUGUUCAUGCACAAAAAGGACUAGCAGCUCUAGCUAUCUCUUUGGCACUCAAUUUUUCUCCAGUCUUGUACAUUGGCAAUGCAUUGGCAUCAGAGUUUGAUGUAAUUAAUGAGGGGCCACCAAAGGACUCCUAUGUAGUUGAUGAUGCUAAUGUGCUUAGUAGAUUGACAAAAUCUGAUCUGAAGCAACUUUUAUCUGAUUUGGAAUCAAGGAAGAACUUCCACAUUAACUUUAUUACCGUUAGAAAGCUCACGAGCAAAGCUGAUGCUUUUGAGUAUGCUGACCAAGUUUUGGAGCGCUGGUAUCCCACACUUGAAGAGGGUAGCAAUAAAGGUAUUGUUGUGCUUGUUACAAGCCAGAAAGAAGGGGCGGUCACUGGUGGACCUGCAUUUGUCGAAGCUGUCGGAGAAAAUAUUCUUGAUGCUACUGUAUCAGAGAACCUUCCCGUUUUGGCUACGGAAGAAAAGUACAAUGAAGCAAUUUACAGCAGUGCCAAACGGCUAGUUGCUGCCAUUGAUGGACUUCCAGAUCCUGGCGGCCCCAUGUUUAAGGAGAAUAAGCGGGAGUCCAAUUUUAAAUCCAGGGAAGAGACAGAAGAGAAACGGGGACAAUUCAGCCUUGUAGUUGGAGGUUUGUUGGUGAUUGCUUUUGUCGUUCCCAUGGCACAAUACUAUGCUUAUGUCUCCAAGAAGUAAUGUGUAUCUGUCACUUCACUCUAAGCAGUAGUACAGAUUUUUGGUUUGUAUUCAAAAAACCAGAAUCAAUAUAAUGUUUGAUCUAAACAAAGCUGUACCAUAGCACAUGAUCAAUUAGAAUGCUUAUGGCUGCAAAUCAAAAAUCGAAGCCAAUGAAUGAAUGAAUGAAUGAUUUUAACUGCCUAUCAUUUAGCAUAAAAAUUCAAUGAGUAUCACUUAAGUCGAAUACUGGAUAUUUAAAAAUCAAGCCAUAGUAAAUAUUCCAGUUUGAGAGUGUAGCUGCAUAUGCCACACAUAUAUAUAAACACUCUGCGUAUAAAUAGUUUACCUUUGUGUCAAUAGAGUAAGUAAAUGGCAGAGUGCAAUGUCUGAAUAACUGACUUUCAGUCACAAAUUAUAAUUCUUUACAGUAAGUUCUGAUCAAUAACACAUGCAGUGACUGCUAGAAGUCAAUAAAAA